AUGGAGUUUCACCAUGUUCUCGUUGUUUCAAACAUCAAGAAUCACAUUCCUAUUAUUCUUGAGAUGGAGAAAGAUCAACACGGGGCAUGGGUUGAGCUCUUCCGCAUCCAUGCCCACUCUCAUCAGGUUCUACAUAAUAUUGUUCCUUCCAUGGGAAAGAAACCAUCGGCAGAUAACUCUAAUGUCGAGUAUGAACAGUUGACUACUCUUGUCUUUAUCGUUCUUCAAUGGAUAUAUUCCACAAUUUCCAUUGACCUACUGACCACCAUCAUGGAAGCAGACUCCACUAAUAUAGAAACCUGGAAUCAUUUAACUGACAUUUUUCAAGACAAUCAGAAUGCUUGUGAUGUCACUCUCGAGCAAGAGUUCUCUAACAUUCGUAUAGAGGCUUUCCCAAUGUGUAUGCUUAUUGUCAACAUCUUAAGAUGCUCUCUGGCCAGUUGA